UGUUCAGUUUCCGUGGAUCAAAUCUUCCCCAUCUCUGCAUCCAAGCUAUUUGGCCGUGAUCAGAUGAUCAUAGCUCAAGGAAGUGAUUGGAGGGCGAGCCGGCUGCAGCUGCCGUGUAGGCUUGUGCUCAGGGACAAGGAGGCACUGUUUUUCAAACAUAGCAUCAACAUAGAAGUUAUUCCGUAGGCUCCAGGAUGCAGCGAUGGGCUGCACUGCCAGCAUUGUUCUGCUUCAAGCUUUUCGCUCUGUGGUCCAGAGGAGCUGUCCACACAUUUGCAGAAGACGCCAAGAGGAACCAUCCCAUGAAAUCGUGCCUCUCGAAAGUGACGAUGAAAUGAGCAGACCCAGAACCCUCAUAAUGCAGGAAAAACCCAGACUGCUGGAGCCUUUGGAUUAUGAAACUGUCAUUGAAGAACUUGAAAAGACCUAUCGGAAUGAUCCUCUUCAAGAUCUCCUGUUCUUCCCCAGUGAUGACUUCUCAACAGCCACGGUUUCUUGGGAUAUCCGAACACUGUAUUCUACGGUACCGGAAGAGGCAGAGAACAAAGCAGAAAGCUUGCUGGUGAAAGAGGCUUGUAAAUUCUACAGUUCCCAGUGGUAUGUGGUAAACUACAAAUACGAACAGUAUUCGGGAGACAUUCGACAGCUACCCCGAGCAGAACACAAGCCAGAGAAACUUCCUUCACAUUCCUUUGAGGUUGAUCAUGAAGACGCUGAUAAAGAUGAAGAUACCACAUCCCACUCAUCUUCCAAGGGCGGUGGGGGAGCCGGAGGCACUGGUGUGUUCAAGUCUGGCUGGCUGUACAAGGGGAAUUUUAACAGCACUGUCAACAACACUGUCACUGUCCGGUCAUUCAAAAAGCGCUACUUCCAGCUGACUCAGCUGCCAGAUAACUCCUACAUUAUGAACUUUUACAAAGAUGAAAAGAUAUCCAAAGAACCCAAAGGAUGCAUCUUUUUGGAUUCCUGCACAGGUGUGGUACAGAAUAACAGGCUGAGGAAAUACGCCUUUGAGUUGAAAAUGAACGACCUGACCUACUUUGUACUGGCAGCUGAAACGGAGUCCGAUAUGGACGAGUGGAUCCACACCCUCAACCGCAUCCUACAGAUCAGUCCAGAGGGACCACUCCAGGGAAGGAAGAGUGCAGAGCUUACCGAGCUGGGGCUGGAUCCUUUGGAUAAUUCUGUGACUUGUGAAUGUACGCUGGAGGAAACAGAUUCUUCAGAGAACAGCCUACAUCCCGACUUUGCAAAAUACCUCACAGAAACUGAAGACACUGUCAAAACAACGCGAAACAUGGACAGGCUCAAUCUGUUCUCCCUGGAUCCAGAUAUAGAUACCCUGAAGCUUCAGAAAAAAGACUUUUUUGAACAAGAGUGUGUGAUCAAACCCUUUGAAGAGAAAGCUGCCAAGAGAAUCAUGAUCAUCUGUAAAGCUCUCAACUUAAAUCUUCAGGGAUGUGUUACAGAAAAUGAAAAUGAUCCCAUAACCAAUAUUGAGCCUUUCUUUGUGAGUGUGGCGCUUUAUGACCUCAGAGAAAGCAGGAAGAUCUCUGCCGAUUUCCACGUAGAUCUGAAUCACCCUGCUGUCCGGCAGAUGCUCUCGGGGGCCCCACCAGCCUUGGAAAAUGGCAACAUUGACACGGGCACGCCAGGACAAUCAGAAGAACCUCACAUAAAGGGCCUUCCGGAGGAAUGGCUAAAAUUCCCAAAGCAGGCUAUAUUCUCUGUGAGUGAUCCACACUCUGAAAUUGUUUUGGUGGCCAAAGUCGAAAAAGUCCUAAUGGGGAAUAUUGGGAGUGGUGCCGAACCUUAUAUUAAGAAUCCAGACUCCAACAAGUUUGCACAAAAAGUACUAAAAUCCAAUAGGCAGUUCUGUAGCAAAUUGGGGAAAUAUCGGAUGCCGUUUGCUUGGGCUGUGAGAUCUGUAUUUAAGGACAACCAGGGAAAUGUGGACAGAGACUCAAGAUUCUCACCAUUGUAUAGACAAGAAAGUAGCAAGAUUUCAGCUGAGGACCUGCUUAAACUGGUAUCAGACUACAGAAGAGCUGACCGGACAAGCAAAAUGCAGACCAUCCCUGGAAGCCUGGAUAUUGUUGUGGACAACAUCCCCUUGGAGCAGCCAAACUGUGUAACAUCGUCCUUUAUCCCUGUCAAGCCUUUCAACGUGAUGUCUCAGUCAGAACCUACAGUGGAGGUGGAAGAAUUUAUUUAUGAUUCAACAAAGUAUUGCCGUCCAUACAGAGUAUACAAAAAUCAAAUUUAUGUCUACCCCAAGCACCUCAAGUAUGAUAGCCAGAAAUGCUUCAACAAGGCACGAAAUAUAACUGUGUGCAUUGAAUUCAAAAACUCUGAUGAAGAUGGUGCCAAGCCCAUGAAGUGUAUUUACGGAAAACCUGGAGGGCCGCUCUUUACUUCAGCUGCCUACACAGCUGUCCUGCACCAUUCUCAAAAUCCAGAUUUCUCUGACGAGGUGAAAAUUGAGCUCCCAACACAGCUCCAUGAAAAGCACCACCUUUUGUUUUCUUUUUAUCACAUCACGUGCGACAUCAAUGCCAAAGCUAAAGCCAAAAAGAAAGAGUCCCUGGAGACUUCAGUGGGAUAUGCAUGGCUUCCUCUGAUGAAACAUGAUCAAAUAGCUUCUCAGGAGUAUAAUAUCCCAAUAACAACCACCCUGCCUCCUAAUUAUUUAAGCAUUCAAGAUUCUGCAAGUGGAAAGCAUGGCGGAAGUAAUGUUAAAUGGGUCGAUGGUGGGAAGCCACUUUUCAAAGUGUCAACAUUUGUUGUAUCAACAGUCAACACUCAGGACCCACAUGUGAAUGCAUUUUUCCAUCAGUGCCAAAAGAGAGAAAAAGACAUGUCUCAGUCACCUACCUCGGGUUUUGUCCUUGCUUGUAAGAACUUAUUAAAUGUGGACAAGAUCCACUCCAUCAUGAGCUUCCUGCCCAUCAUCUUGAAUCAGCUCUUCAAAAUUCUAGUGCAGAACGAGGAAGAUGAAAUCAGUGCAACCGUCACCAGGGUUCUGGCUGACAUUGUGGCCAAGUGUCAUGAGGAGCAGCUAGACCAUUCCGUCCAGUCGUACAUUAAGUUUGUAUUCAAGACCAGAUCCUACAAAGAGAGAACAAUACAUGAGGAACUGGUGAAAAAUUUGAGUGAUCUUUUAAAGUCAAAUGAUUCGACAAUAGUCAAGCAUGUCCUAAAGCAUUCUUGGUUCUUUUUUGCAAUUAUUCUAAAAUCAAUGGCACAGCACUUGACUGAUACAAAUAAAAUUCAGCUUCCCAGAGCUCAAAGAUUCUCAGAGCCUUACCAAAGUGAACUAGACAAUCUGGUGAUGGGCCUGUGUGACCACGUGAUUUGGAAAUACAAGGAAGCCCCAGAGGAAACAAAACGGGCGAACCAUAGCGUCGCCAGAUUCCUUAAGCGCUGCUUUACGUUCAUGGACCGGGGAUUUGUGUUUAAGAUGGUGAACAGUUACAUCAGCAUGUUCUCCUCUGGGGAGUUCAAGACUUUAUGCCAGUAUAAGUUUGAUUUUCUUCAAGAAGUUUGUCAACAUGAGCACUUCAUUCCUCUGUGCCUCCCCAUACGAUCGGCGAACAUUCCAGAUCCUCUGACCCCUACGGAAUCAAUUCAAGAGUUACAUGCCUCAGAUAUGCCUGAAUACUCAGUCACAAAUGAAUUUUGCCGCAAACACUUCUUAAUCGGAAUUCUGCUCCGGGAAGUCGGCUUUGCCCUGCAGGAGGACCAAGAUAUCAGGCACUUAGCUUUAGCUGUCCUAAAAAAUCUAAUGGCUAAGCAUUCUUUCGAUGAUCGAUACAGAGAACCUAGGAAGCAGGCACAGAUAGCGAGUCUCUACAUGCCCCUGUAUGGCAUGCUGCUGGACAAUAUGCCGAGAAUCUACCUGAAGGACCUGUAUCCUUUCACUGUGAAUACAUCCAAUCAGGGGUCUAGAGAUGAUCUAAGCACUAACGGAGGAUUCCAAACCCAGACGUCCAUGAAGCAUGCAACUUCUGUGGAUACAUCGUUCUCCAAAGACGUUUUAAAUUCCAUAGCAGCAUUUUCAUCAAUAGCUAUUUCUACAGUGAACCAUGCAGAUUCCAGAGCAUCCUUAGCGAGUCUCGAAUCCAACCCCAGCACCACAGAGAAGAGCAGCGAGAAGACAGACAAUUGUGAAAAGAUCCCAAGACCCUUAUCUUUGAUUGGGUCAACUCUUCGAUUUGACAAAUUAGAUCAAGCAGAAACCAGGAGUCUUCUUAUGUGUUUCCUGCAUAUUAUGAAGACAAUUUCAGUUGAGACUCUGAUUGCCUACUGGCAGAGAGCUCCCAGUCCAGAGGUGUCAGACUUCUUCAGCAUCUUGGAUGUUUGUCUUCAAAAUUUUAGAUACCUGGGAAAACGCAAUAUAAUAAGAAAGAUCGCUGCGGCGUUUAAGUUUGUGCAGUCUGCCCAGAACAAUGGAACUCUGAAAGGGUCCAACCCUUCCUGCCAGAACUCGGGUCUCUUGUCACAAUGGAUGCAUACCACUUCUGGUCACGAAGGACAUAAACAGCACAGAUCUCAAACAUUACCUAUAAUUCGAGGCAAAAAUGCACUUUCCAACCCCAAACUUUUACAGAUGUUGGACAACACCAUGAACAGCAACUCCAAUGAAAUAGACAUUGUCCACCAUGUAGACACCGAGGCCAAUAUAGCCACAGAAGUUUGCCUGACUAUCCUGGACCUGCUGUCUCUCUUCACUCAAGUCCACCAGAGACAGCUCCAACAAUCUGACUGUCAAAACUCACUCAUGAAAAGGGUCUUUGAUACUUACAUGCUGUUAUUUCAAGUCAACCAGUCAGCAACAGCCCUGAAACACGUGUUUGCUUCUUUGAGACUGUUUGUGUGUAAGUUUCCUUCAGCAUUUUUUCAAGGGCCCGCUGACCUCUGUGGAUCUUUCUGCUACGAAGUCCUGAAAUGCUGUAACCACAGGUCGCGCUCCACGCAGAUGGAGGCCUCAGCACUUCUGUACUUUUUCAUGAGGAAGAACUUUGAAUUCAACAAGCAGAAGUCGAUUGUCCGCUCUCACUUACAACUCAUCAAAGCAGUGAGCCAGCUAAUAGCCGAUUCGGGGAUUGGAGGAUCUCGGUUCCAACACUCCCUUGCGAUCACCAAUAACUUUGCCAAUGGAGAUAAACAGAUGAAAAACAGCAAUUUCCCAGCAGAGGUGAAAGAUCUGACCAAACGUAUAAGGACCGUGCUGAUGGCCACAGCCCAGAUGAAAGAGCAUGAGAAGGACCCCGAGAUGCUGGUGGACCUCCAGUACAGCCUAGCAAACUCCUAUGCUAGUACCCCUGAGCUACGGAGGACCUGGCUAGAAAGCAUGGCCAAGAUUCAUGCAAGAAAUGGAGACCUGUCUGAGGCUGCUAUGUGUUACAUCCAUAUAGCUGCACUCAUCGCAGAGUACCUCAAACGCAAGGGUUACUGGAAAAUGGAAAAGAUUUGCACACCACCCCUGCUUCCAGAAGACACCCAUCCCUGUGAUAGCAUCCCAUUACUAACAACUCCAGGUGGAGGAAGCAUGUUCUCUAUGGGAUGGCCAGCUUUCCUGAGCAUCACCCCAAACAUUAAAGAAGAAGGAGCAAUGAAAGAGGAUUCUGGAAUGCAAGAUACACCAUACAAUGAGAAUAUCCUGGUGGAACAGCUCUACAUGUGUGUGGAGUUUCUCUGGAAGUCUGAACGCUAUGAGCUCAUCGCUGAUGUCAACAAGCCCAUCAUAGCUGUCUUUGAAAAGCAACGAGACUUCAAAAAAUUAUCAGAUCUCUAUUAUGACAUUCACCGGUCAUAUCUGAAAGUGGCAGAGGUGGUGAAUUCCGAGAAGCGCCUGUUUGGUCGCUACUACAGAGUGGCAUUCUAUGGGCAGGGAUUCUUCGAGGAGGAAGAGGGCAAAGAGUACAUCUACAAAGAGCCUAAGUUGACAGGUCUCUCGGAGAUUUCCCAAAGACUCCUCAAGCUCUAUGCAGACAAAUUCGGAGCAGACAAUGUGAAGAUAAUCCAGGACUCCAAUAAGGUAAACCCCAAGGACCUGGACCCCAAGUAUGCCUAUAUUCAGGUGACCUAUGUGACGCCAUUCUUUGAAGAAAAGGAAAUAGACGACCGGAAGACAGAUUUCGAAAUGCAUCACAACAUCAACCGCUUUGUAUUCGAGACACCCUUCACUCUGUCAGGAAAGAAGCAUGGUGGAGUGGCGGAGCAGUGCAAACGGAGGACGGUCUUGACCACCAGCCACUUGUUUCCCUACGUGAAGAAGCGGAUCCAGGUCAUCAGCCAGUCGAGUACAGAACUGAAUCCCAUUGAAGUCGCGAUUGAUGAGAUGUCCAAAAAGGUCUCUGAGCUUAAUCAGCUGUGCACUACAGAUGAGGUGGACAUGAUCAGGCUACAGCUCAAACUGCAAGGCAGUGUCAGCGUGAAGGUCAAUGCUGGGCCAAUGGCUUAUGCCCGAGCUUUUCUUGAAGAGACAAAUGCUAAGAAAUACCCUGACAACCAAGUAAAGCUAUUGAAGGAAAUAUUCAGGCAAUUCGCAGAUGCGUGUGGGCAGGCUCUGGAUGUGAAUGAGCGUCUCAUCAAGGAGGACCAGCUGGAGUACCAGGAAGAACUGAGGUCCCAUUAUAAGGACAUGCUCAGUGAACUGUCGGCCAUCAUGAAUGAGCAGCUCUGUCGAGGUCCGUGUCUCUACAGCUUCUGCUCCUCUGUGUCUAGCAUUUCUCUCAGUACUGUGAGCAAAAGUGGUAUGUUCUUCUUGCCGUACAUCUCUCCUGUCCUGCAGCCUUAUGUCCACCCACCUCCUCCUCACCAGUCCUUCGCCCCAUCAGCUUUUGUGGCUCAGCUUCUCUAAGUCCUCAUUGCCGCUCUAAGACAUAUCAUAUUAACAGCUUGGCUUUGAAAGAAAAAAGCCCAUGCUCCUUUACCUUCUAAAACUGAAGGGUUCUCAUGAUACUUGAAAAUAUGAAAAAAAAAAUUACAAAGACCAGUUAGUGAAGAGGAGAGAAUUUUUUUUUUUUUUUUGUAAAAGAAACCUGUAACAAAAGAAGUAAACAUUGGCUCUCUGCUUCCUGGAAAUGAUCAAAGAGUAAAACCUGUGGGUCUCACCGCUCAUAGUCAGUAAAAGAAAUAGGUCUGUUGGAAGGAAAGGUGGCCUUUCUGCUGGUCCUGAGCUUAUAACAGGGCCUGGUCACACAGGUGACUAGAUGCGGGACUGUCUCCCUUUGUCUGAGUGUGAACGUGUAUCCUCCAGAAGAAGGUCCACGGAUAUUAAGUGGUGAGAGAACUUACCAGCUGAGCUUUGAAAAUCAGAAGCAAUUAGAAUCAACUGACUUAGAAAUAGAAACACAAAAUUAAUUACGCCAUAUGCACCCACAUGGGGCCAAGAAAAGUCUUAGCUUAAAAAAAAUUCAUUAAGGGAAAACCCUCAACAUAAGGGAAAAUUGGACCAUGAACAUAACACACACCCGUAAUCUCAACUGCGAGGACCAGAGUAGUUCAGUAUUAUCAUCAGCUACGCGGUGAGCUUCAGACCAGUGUAAGAUAAGUGAGGUUUCCCUUAAGAAGAAAAUAAGUGGAAGCCAGUGGGAUGGCUCACUGGGUGAGGAGGUGUCUUGCCCCCAAGUCUGCCUCUGGGGCCAAAAUGGUAGAACCUGACUUCCACGGCUGCCUUCUGGCUUUCACACACGCACUGUGUCAUGUGUGCACCCGUGCACAUACGUGCACCCACACAUUUUUUAAAAAGAAAGAGAGGAAACAGAACCCCAGAUUGAGUGAAGCUGGUGUGUAAAAUGGAGACGUGGGAAACAAGUAAUUUGAACUGGUAGUGGCAGGCAACCAUUUCUUUAAUCAGCAGCCAGAAUUUCACACUGUUUCAUAAACAGCCAAAAAACCAAAACCAUAAAGAACUUUCUUUGGCUGGGGCCAAUAGAAUUCACACAGCAUGCAAAUGAAGAAUAAAUAUAAGAUGCUCUUUUGGAGUGGGUUUUCACUGAGCAAGAAUGGAGGCAGAAUGAAGUCAGCUGUGGUCAUGAGUAUCCAACUUAAAACACAGCCCUGGGACCAGAGCCAUUCUGCUCUGAUGCCAAGAAAGCGAGCUGUGAACACAAUCUUGCUGUUAGAGACUCAGACACAUGCUAAACGCAUAAAGAACCAAAUUAUGUGCGCAGGGUCUCAUAAUGCUGGCCCUCAGGAGGGUGUGCUGCAAGCCCGUGACCCUCCCAUGCUGAGUGCAACAAGCUCCUGGAGGAGAGGAGAAGCUAAUAUCACACACAUAUAAAUCAGCACAGCGUGACAGUGUGUGAGGUAAGUGAAGAAAUCACAACUAGAAAUUCAAAAUACUCAUCAAAUCUCUUUGUACAAAGAUGAACUUCAAAGGUGACAUCUGCAGUUUCUGUGGGGCUGUGGGUUACUGAUUGCAUAUGAUCAUUUUGAUAGAGUUGAACACCAUAUCAUUUAGAUAUAUUGAUAUCAUUUUCAGAUUAGUCAUAUUGAUUUUAUUAUACUCCCAUUAAUGCAAACGUUUGAGUUCAUCCCCUUUAGGGUAAAUGUCAGCAAUGUAAAUUACAAAUUUUUAAGCUAGAAUGAGACACUGGGAUUUCUCAAAUACAUUUGUAGCCACUUAAACAUUUAUAAAUUCAUAUCUGACAGUCAAGGAAUAUAGUGAAGCUGCUUUCAGCAUCCCCAUUGGCAACCGGCAUAUGGGCUUCCAAGAAAAUAUCCCUCAGAACUACUUUGACUAGGAUAUUUUCCAAACUUACUAACACCCCAUUGGGAAUGAGUCACUGUUCAGGGUUUUAACUCUGUGUUUGAGGAUAUGAAAAUUGAUCUCUUUUAUUUUAUAUGCAUAUGUUGUAUCUGUCUUGCUUGAAGAUUACGGGCAGGGACGACCCAGCAAAGCGCGGACUGGAGCGCCCCUACAUGCGUGCAACUAGCAAGGUGACCCCGGCUGUGCCUCUGGUGUCCAUCUCACCCAGUGCUGAAGUCUGAGAGGAGCCCUAGGGGAUCCGACGCACCUCUCAGAGAACUCUCUGAACUUUUGCAGCUAAUCUCGGGGAAGAAAAAAAGAUAGAUUUAAUUUAUUUGAUGUUUUUACAGUGUUAAUAUUUUUGUUUGCCUCGCUAGCUUGAGAAUUUUGCCAGCCUCUGAAUUUGCACAUUUCCUAGGAUUCCUUUGUUUCCUCUGAGUGGUAUUGAUCAAACACACAAAACACACUGAACACGUUCCAACGAACGUGCAGCUUAAAAGCAAAUUGAGUUUGCUCUUGGGUAUAAUUUGUUCAAUCCCAGGUCCUAGCACACAUAUUUUCAAGGUCAAAAUGAAUGUUUUGUAACAUUUAAGCAUAUUUCACAUGUAAAUAGAAAAUUGUAAAAUAUAUGGUUUUUAUCAAAUUUCAGAAGAAUGUUUUUAGUUGAUACUUAUGAAAGUACUAAAAUUAUAUGAGUAACGUUUCAGAUAAUGUUAUAUUAAAAUAUUUGUGUAUGUGUAAAAAAGUGUUGAUAAAUACUAAUCUUUAAAGUUUGUGAAGUUCCUUUAUUUGUAAUAUAUGUGCUUUUAAAAGCAAUGGUAUGUGAAAUUAUAAAAGUAUUUUGCUGUUGUUAAUAUAAAUAAAAUUACAGUUACUUUG